AUGGAAUCAGGUCAUAAUGAUGGUCUUGGUGUACAACGAGAAUACAUUGUAAAUGCAUUGGCAAACGAUGAAUCAUUGCUAAAUGAUUUCUUACAAUUUCGUCAACAACAACAAGCACAAUGUCGAAUUCAAAAACCAGGACACAAUGUAUCACCGUACUAUGAAAAGGUUUCGUCAAAUAAACCA